GUCCCGUGGUGCUUUGCGGCGGGCGCGCGGAGGGAGCGUGGCCGCCACUGCCGCCGGGCUCGGGCCCCGCCGUUGCCGCCCCCCGGCCCCGCUGCCGCCGCCGCCAUGUCCGCGGGGUUCUCCUUCGGCGCCGGCACCCUGGGCUCCGCAACGGCCGCUGCAGCCGGGGCGGGAGGAGGAGGAGGAGGAGGAGGAGGAGGAGGCGGGGGGUUUUCCUUCGGAGCCGCCACGCCGAGCUCCACAGGUGGACUUAAUUUUGGAACUCUGGGUUCUUCCACCGCUACAGCAACUACGUCAGCUCCGUCAGUGGGCUUUGGGAGUGGACUCUUUGGAUCAAAGCCAACCACUGGCUUUACGCUAGGAGGCACCAGUACAGCAGGAACAGCAACGACCAUUGCUACAGCACUGACGCUAGGCACACCUGCUACCACAUCAGCAGCUACCACAGGCUUUAGUUUAGGUUUCAACAAACCUGCAGGUUCAGCCACACCGUUUGCUUUAUCUAUUACUUCUACCUCAGCGGGUGGCCUGUCGCUAUCAUCUGCUCUUACAUCGACUCCCGCAGCAGGUACUACUGGCUUUACCUUAAAUUUGGGUGGUACAACUGCUCCAACUACAACUGCUUCCACAGGCCUCUCCUUAGGAGGAGCCCUAGCAGGUUUAGGAGGGUCGCUCUUCCAGAAUACAAGCACAGCAGCAACAGGGCUUGGGCAGAAUGCCUUGAGCUUGACUCUGGGGACGACUGCGGCUCCUUCAAGUACUGCUAACGAAGGUCUUGGUGGCAUUGAUUUUAGUAGUUCUUCAGACAAAAAAAGUGACAAAACAGGAACAAGACCAGAAGAUAGCAAAGCACUAAAGGAUGAAAAUCUACCUCCAGUAAUCUGUCAAGAUGUAGAAAAUCUGCAGAAAUUUGUGAAAGAACAAAAACAAGUUCAGGAAGAAAUUAGUAGAAUGUCAUCUAAAGCAAUGCUUAAAGUACAGGAAGACAUUAAAGCUCUGAAACAACUUCUCUCUGUAGUUGCCAGUGGAUUACAGAGAAACACUCUUAAUAUUGACAAGCUGAAAAUGGAAACUGCACAGGAGCUGAAGAAUGCAGAAAUAGCAUUAAGAACACAGAAAACUCCUCCUGGUCUCCAGCAUGAAAAUACAGCUCCAGCAGACUACUUCAGAAUCUUGGUAGAGCAGUUUGAAGUACAACUGCAGCAAUACAGGCAACAAAUAGAAGAACUGGAAAAUCAUCUUGCUACUCAAGCAAACAAUUCACACAUAACUCCACAAGAUUUGUCCAUGGCUAUGCAGAAAAUCUAUCAAACAUUUGUAGCCUUAGCUGCACAACUUCAGUCAAUACAUGAGAAUGUAAAGAUGCUCAAAGACCAAUACCUUGGCUACAGGAAAACCUUUCUGGGAGAUGCCAUGGAUGUGUUUGAGGCAAGACGAACAGAAGCUAAGAAGUGGCAGAGCGCGCCACGUGUUACCACUGGACCGACCCCUUUCAGCAACAUACCAAAUGCAGCAGCCGUUGCGAUGGCUGCAACACUUACUCAGCAGCAACAGCCUGCUACAGGGCCACAGCCAUCUCUGGGAGUUAGUUUUGGAACGCCAUUCGGCUCAGGUAUUGGCACUGGCUUGCAAUCAAGUGGCUUAGGUUCUUCAAGCCUUGGAGGAUUUGGAAGUAGCUCUGCCUUUGGAAGUAGUGCCACAGGAGCAUCAUCAUUUGGGUUUGGAACUACAAGUAAACCAUCAGGAAGUCUAAGCGCAGGCUUUGGCAGCUCGACUACAUCUGGGUUUAACUUCAGCAAUCCUGGCAUCACAGCAUCAGCUGGUCUGACGUUCGGGGUGUCUAAUCCUGCAUCUGCAGGCUUUGGGACAGGAGGGCAACUUCUUCAGCUGAAGAAACCUCCAGCUGGAAACAAGCGAGGGAAAAGAUAGGCACCCCUUUUAGGGAAGUGGAAGUGAAUCAACUUUGUUCAUCUGAAAAGUCUAUUUUUCUAGAUUGAUGCAUUAAUUAAAUUGCAUCCCGUGAGAUUUAUAAAAAAUAAAAUUUAAAAAAAAUUUGCUACUUUUCCCUAGUCUGAAAUACGAAAGGAAUCAUAUUGAACAGCUAUUUUCUUGUGAAUAGAAACCCGUUUAUGUAUUUUUAUUUUUGGCCCUAGUUUUAGAAAUGUUCUAUACUGCAUUAUUAAAGAAUCUUGUAAAACCAUCUAUUUAACCUAAUGUUAGUAGCAGACUAUUUUUUGUUAAUAAGCUUUAUACCAUAUGAAUAUAUGCAUAUUUGUUUUUUGUACAGAUAAAAUAUAUUCUAGUACAAAUACUAGAGUUCAUAUCUUCUGUUCCUGGAUAUGGCCUUUAAAUCUACUUCAGGGUGUUUUUGUGUAUAUGGAUGUAAAUAUAUACAGUACAGUGCACACAGCUGUGUGUAUGUCUGUGUAUAUAUAUGUAUAAAAUAAAAACAGAUGUGCAAACCUUGCCCCACAGACAGGUCUCCUCUUCUUUGUGUGUUCUGUUUCUCCAUGUUACUCUGUGGCUCCACAUUUUGAGGUUCUGAAUUUCAGAUAGUGGGUCCCAGGCUGUGUCAUCUGCUUCUCAUGUUCUGUUGUUUAAGACCAGCUGAAAUACAAUGUUUACUAUUUCACGAAGCUUGGUGUGUAUGUACAGUGUUUAGGAGCUGUGGUUUUUGAACCUUUUACUUUACCCAUUUAGCAGCCAACUCUAAAGAAGAGUCUGAAAUUGGCACAGACAUUUCAUAGGUAAUGUUCCCGAACUGUUUUGUUUUGUUUUUUCUCCUGAGCUGCACAGUGGGGUGUUGCAGGAUUUCAGCUGAAAGCUCGGGGUUCCACAAGGUUUGUUUGCAAGCAGAGAGCUGUCAAGCUGGAUGAGCUUUUCCCUGCAGUUGGAGGGGAUAAGGAUAUACUAUUGCAGUGAAAACCUGAAUUAAAUGUUACAAAACAGAGUUGAUUCACCAGCUUCAUCUAGUCAGUGCUACCUGCAUUGACUUAAAGAGCUAUUGCAUAUCUGUUUUCAAUACAAGGUAUAGUACAGUAAGUUGCUGCUAAAGAAUUGAGAAAAAUGUGAUUUGAAGGUUAAGCUACUGCAACAGUAGAGUAUGAAUCUUGCAUAUUACAUCUUAGCUGCUUGUGCUGCUUUUCCAAUUCUGUGUCCACUAGGAAUAGCUGGAAAAGACCUUAAGGAGGCACUGCCCUAUGUGAGAGAAGUAAUAGAUCCAUUUAAUCUUUGCAAAUAGAGAUACAGGUUGAAGUGUGAGUGAAUGUGGAGCUUUGGAGUUGUGUUGCUGUUUCUAGAUGAUGUUUUGUAUAUAACAUGCAUCAAAUUAAUAUUCACAAUCAUUUUCACAAAAGCACCUUCUUUUCUAAAACAGUUACAGUGCGUAAGAUUUUUUUUUUCUAGUACCGAGCAAGUUAUUUGCUUUCUCUUGUUGAAGUGUUAUUACCAUUUUGUAUGUUUUGGAAAUGUCUGCAUUCAGCAGUGGUUGCUUUUUGACAAAUGUUCGGUUUAUCACUUGAUCUGGUAAAAUUGAGGGAAACCGAGCACAGAAUUCUUCCCUUUUGUACACUUGUAUGUUACUGCGUCUUUGUGACCCUUCCCCUGGGAAGGGAUAUAAUGUGUGGGUUUUUUUUAUGUCUGGGAAAGCUAAAAGUUUAUUUUGAUUUCGACCUUUUAAAAACUUGGGCUGCAGUCAAACCGGUAACGUUUUUAUUCCUUUGUUACUGCUUUUUUGAUAGUUAAUGUUAAACCACUGGACUUUCUUGUAAUGUAUCGAUUUGUGAAACUAAUUCUAAAUGUGUACUGUUUGUCCACAUGUGCAACAACUUACCAUUGUGCAAACAAUAAAACAUUAAUGCUGUGAUCCUUGUAAUACAUAUUUGCCUAUUUCA